UUUCGUAGGAAAAUCAACAGAAAACUUCUGUUUACAAAAUUUACUGAUUUAUAUGUAACAUUAGAUUUGUAUAAAUGCUAAAAGAUAAAGCACCUUUAGCAACACGUUCGUUGUGCUUUAACUGACCUUGUUGUAUUUUAGGAUGAGUCAAUGUUGUCGCCAUGAAUGAAAAACAGAUGGACUGACAGCAUCAGUGAUGGCGCAAUUACCUAAAGGGCACCCAUCCUAUUCCGUAGUGCACGAAUUCUGUCAAAGUGAUGUUCUUGAGCACUGGAAGCUGUGCUGUGACAGAGGUGAACUACUUGAUGGUCUGAAAAGACAUUUCCGGGUGUGGGUCCCGUUGGUGUUUGGCAACAGUCAUGAUUCUGCGAAAGAAGAGCACCUUGCAGAAAAGUACUUGUUUCGGCCGAUGACAGAGUUCAUGUGUGGUGGGAAUCCAGAAGAAGUCUUUUCUCAGCUCAAAAAUGUUGAUACUCCAUCGCAGAUUUGUGGUCAUGUUUUCAAACCAGGAGAACCCACAUACAGUUGCAGGGACUGUGCAAAUGACCCAACUUGUGUCUUCUGCAUUGACUGUUUUCAAAAUAGUUCCCAUAAGCAGCAUCGAUAUCGGAUGAACACAUCUGGAGGAAAUGGUUAUUGUGAUUGUGGUGACACCGAGGCUUGGAAAGUGGAACCAUUUUGUUCACUGCACAGCUCUAGCAUGGAACAGAAUGAUCAAGUUAAUCCAGUUGAUCUUCUGCCUGUCGACUUGGCAAACCGAGCCAGUGCUUUGUUCCUUGCCUCCUUGCAGUACGCUAUUGACCUUCUCAUGUGGAAACAGUGUGUCCAGUUGCCUGGUGGUCUUGAUCCAGAAGAAACUGUACCAGAUAUACACCACUGCAUGCUCUUCAAUGAUGAGGUUCACAGUUACGAUCAGGUUAUUACCACACUGCAGAGAGCUGUUGACUGUAGCCAGAGGGAAGCCAUUGAUUAUGCUACCAUUGUUGACAGAGAGGGUAGAAGCAUUGUGAAAAGUGGUACUGAGCAGGAAUGUGAGAAAGCUAAGGAAAUCAUUGAGGGAGCCGACUUUGACAUAUUUGAUUUGAUCUUGAGAAACACCUCUCGUCACAACAGCAAGCCACUCAAGGUUCUUGUUAUGCACAAUGUUGUCGUGGCUCAUCAGUCUUUUGCUCUCAAGUUGAUUCAGUGGUUGCAAAAUAUUAUAUCAAAAUCAGAUGGCUUACGACGUCUUUUCUGUUUGUUGUCAAUGAAUGCACCUCCAAAAAAAGACUUGUGUGACGCAAUGGAAAUAGAUGACGUUGAUGCACCAGCAUCGCUCAUGGAGAGAGUUUUGUUAGCCGAUACACAACUCUGGAAAGUUGUUCGAGUGAAAAUACACCAACUUCUAAUGGCUGGAGCUCUUAUGGAUCAGGAGUGUAAAAAAUUGUUUGCAGGAAUGUUCACAAAGUGUUAUGAACAACUGAUGAAAGAGUUUUGUCUCGACGACCACGAUCAUGACGUCUCCGUUAUGUCUCUAUCCGUACAAAUGUUUACUGUACCCAGUCUGGCAAGGUGGCUAAUCACAGAGUACAAUCUACUUCACGUCAUACUGCAGUCUUUCUUGACAGCUUGCAAACAAAAGAAAGAUAAAGACGGCAGACUUUGUUUUGAUAGAAAUGACAGAAGUCCUUCAUUUAAGAGGGCAUCGUACAUGCUGUAUGAUAUCAAAUAUGCCUUAUUGGCCAGGCCUGUUGACCCAGAAGACUGGUCAGACGCUUUACGCACAAAUUUCUUGAAUGGAGUUGUCUCCCUUUUAGAAUUACUCCGAGUUAUGCAAGGUAUGGACGGCGUGACCCGUCAGACCGGACAACACCUGGAGUUUGAACCGGAGUGGGAAGGUGCCUUCAAUCUGCAGCUCAAAUUGGAAGAUACCCUCGUGCUCUUCACACGCUGGUGUUCCAUGGAUAAAGUUGUUCUCAUUGAGGCAUACAAAGAAACACUGGAGGCACUUUAUCAUUCAUAUGAAACAUCGAAAAAAGAAAAGGGAAAGUGUGAAGUUGCUGGACAUACUACCAAGAGCAUGAAGUAUGAUGUUUCAAAUCAACCCAUCUCCAUUCAUUUGCCUCUGACCAGGUUUCUUGCAGCACUGCAUCUGCAUUUGGAAAAAUUUGAUUUGACAUUCCACUCUCCAGAGCUGAUGACAAAGAAACGACUGGACCCAGUGGACCUGUUGGAGCCUCCACUUCGUGCCCAGGUGAUGAUAGCUCAGACCCAGGCCGGCAUGUGGAGGAGAAAUGGAUUUGCUCUUUUAAAUCAGAUAUUCUUUUACCACAACGUGAGAUGCAGGGGAGAAAUGUAUGACAGGGAUAUUCUCAUGCUUCAGAUUGUGGCAUCUCUGUUAAAUCCAAAUGACUUCAUUGUGCACCUCUUGAAUAAAUUCAACCUCCUCCACUGGGCCAAGCCAGAAUACGAUAUUCCAGGAGGUCAAGAAGACUCUGUUCGACAGACGGUUAUGUUGGCAGAAGAAUUUCUCAAUCUCCUCAUCAUUCUGUUAGAGGAGCGGUACAUCCCAGGAGUGGGCAGUGUGACCCAGCAGGAUGUCAUCAAGAGAGAGAUUGUCCACCAACUGUGUAUCAUGCCAAUGGCUCACAGCGAGCUGGCUAAAGGCCUACCAGUGGAUCCUAAUUCUGAGACGGGUAUGGAAGAUGUAGUAAAUGAAGUUGCAGAAUUCAAGAAACCCAGCUCAACUGGAAAAGGAAAGUAUGACUUGAAACCAGAGUACUACAAAAUGUACUGUCCCUACUUCUAUCACUACACCAAGGCAGAGCAAUCUAAGUCUGAAGAAGCACAAAGGAAAAGGAAGAAGCAGGCUGGUGAAAGUCAAGCCUUGCCACCACCAGUGCCUCCACCACUGACCUCGCAGUUUGCAGCAAUUGUCAACAUUCUCCACUGUGAUGUCAUGUUCCACAUCUUCAAAAUGGUUCUAACGCGGACUGCUGCUCAAAGGUCACGGUCCUGGUCAGAGGCUCAGUUUGAAAGAAUUUUGUACAUAAUUGGUAUUGCACUGCAUGAACAGAAGAGGGCUUUCAAAGAAGGAAAUACUUCAUAUGAUUUUUUGACAAAAGCCAUGAAAGAAGAUGGACUUUUGUCAAAGUUGCAGUGUUUAGUUGGAAAUCAGAAUCUGAAUCAAGAUCCAUCCAGAGAUCUGCUUGCCUGGUCACUGAAGCAAUUUGCAGAAGUAUGUACCUUGAAAAGCGAACCCGUUUGCUUGGAAACACUUCACAGUCUGGCAAGCUGCACAGACCAGAAGACAGAGACCGAGAGAAAAAGGAAGGCUGAAAUGGCAGCAAAGCGGCGAGCACGGGUCAUGGCUCAGAUAUCGAAGAUGCAGCGCAACUUCAUUGCCGAGAACUCGGAACUGUUUGACCAGACCAGCACAGAGCUGAAGACUGUCACUUCAGAUAUGGAUCUUGGUGUGAUGGUGCCACCAACAUUUCCUGUGGCACUUGGUCCGCACCGCAGUCAGGCGAAUGUUACAGGUCCCAUUCAGGCCACUUGUAUUUUGUGUCAGGAAGAGCAGGAGAUUUCAUGCAGUGGUAAGGCCAUGGUGCUGGCUGCCUUUGUGCAGAGGUCAACGGUAUUGUCUCAGUCCCGGGGGAAAAUGUUGGACAAAAAAGACGAUUAUGAUCCACUGUUUGUCCCUGUCGAUCUCUUCACGGGAACUCACGUCAGUUCCUGUGGCCAUGUAAUGCAUCAUGACUGCUGGCAGAGAUAUUUUGAUAAUGUGAUGAAUAAAGAACGACGGAGACCUCUACGAUUCAGACAGAGUUUUAGUUAUGACAUAGACAAAAUGGAAUACCUCUGUCCUUUGUGUGAAGGAUUAAGUAAUACUGUGAUACCCAUUGUUCCGUCUCUGCCGUCACUCUAUCCUGCUGGUAACAAAAAGGAAGUUGAUCUGCGAUUUGACGACUGGUUGGAUGGCAUUGAAAAGACUGUGCAGAACAGUAUAAAGGAAGCUCAAGACAAGGAAUCUGAGGAUGACUUUUCACUGUUCCAACCCUGUCCAAUUUCUACCAUCACAAGAAUGAUGGCAGAAAGUGUAGCCAAAAAUUUCCAGCUGCUGUGGGAGUACGUGUAUGAUGAUGCAAGUGGACACUUUUCAGAAGGAAUGAGAGAGAUGCUAAAGAAGUUUGCCAGAGAUGUGUAUGCAUUUGGUCUCAGCGUGGAGCCAGAUGAUGAAAGUCCACGUGUAUCUAUUUUGGCUUGGAGUACAUGUGCUUUCACCAUCCAGUCGGUUGAGCAGAAUCUACGAGGUGAAGGCAAAUCUCUGUUUGGAUCGAUCCCCACUCGUCAGGCUGAUCUCAUCGGGUCGCUCGUGCGGUUCGCGGCAGUCUGUAGCCAGGUCAUGAACCCGGACAUGGUCAAACAGAACUGUGUCAGACUGCUGUCAGCCCUCAUCCCGUGUGACUCUGAGAAGGUGAACAAGGGUUCUCCGUGCCUGCUGGACCUGGACAUGUUCCACUUCCUGACGAUCGUGACGAUGACGCUGCCCUCGCUGUACGUCGACCAGCAGCACUGCAUAGUCAACACGCUGCCGACGGGCGACCUCAACAACCAGCAUGCCAUGCAGCUCGUGGUGACGGCACACAUCGUGCAGAUUCUACUCACGUUCGCCUGGGACACAGAGGAAUCUAUGGAUGUUGAAUCUGAUAGUGAGGGUGAAGCCUUACUGAAAAUAUAUCUCCAACUUCAGAAGACAGCUGGUCUGACACCAGAGAAAGUGCCGUCACCAUAUCAACUGUUGCAGUAUGUACGCUCAGCCGUGAUGCCUUUCCUUCGAUGUGCGGCCAUCUUGUAUUUCCACAUCACUGGAGUGAGUCCACCAGAUGAACUUCAUGAUCAUUUCUGCACCAAGGAGUAUGAGGUGUUGUGUCGCUAUUUGUCUCUGCCUGUCAACAUGUCUGAGCUGUUCGAAUCAGUGGGAGACAUCACCACUGCCCUCAUCAAAAGUUGGUGUUCAAGCAAGUCACUAAGGGAUCGAUUGUCUGCAAACAGUGAAAAGAUUGUACGAUAUCCAAUAGUGAAAAAUGAUCUGGUCCCAUUGCCUGUAGACUAUAGUGAACUGAUAAACAAAGUGUCUACAUUCACUUGUCCGAAGUCCAAAGACAGUGAUGACAGUCGAGCUCCGACCAUGUGCCUGGUGUGUGGUCAGAUGUUGUGUUCACAGAGCUACUGUUGUCAGAAGGAUCUCGAAGGCAGUUCAGUGGGAGCAGCUACAGAACACGCAUACUUCUGUGGGGCAGGCACGGGGGUUUUUCUCAGAGUUCGAGACUGUCAGAUACUGCUGUUAGCAGGAAAGACAAAAGGUUGCUUUCUUGCUCCACCAUAUCUAGACAACUAUGGAGAAACAGAUCAAGGAUUGAGGCGUGGAAAUCCACUGCAUCUAUGUGAAGAGCGAUACAGCCACUUAAAGAAACUGUGGUUCACACACGCAAUUCCAGAAACAAUCGCUCAUAAUCUGGAAUUCAACAGCAGUUUUACAACAAUAGAAUGGCAGAAUCUUUGAUUUAUCUUUAUUAUUUAACUUGCUGCUCGUGUUGUGCAAGGACAGGGUUGUUAUAGUAGUGUAGAACUAGUUAACUUAUGAUCUGUAUGUGAACUAUUUAUUUGCUGAUUUGCACAUCUUUUGGUCUUAUCCAUCUUGAUCACUUCAUCAAGAGUCAAGACUGGGAAAAGAUCAGACUCAUUCUUUUCUUCUUUUUUUUCUCUUUUUUUUAACAUUUGUGUGGAGUUUCAGUAUACCUAUGUCUGGGUGCCAAAAGUUUUAAUUAAAAUAAUUUAUAUUUAGAAGAAGCACCGGUGAUGGUGUGUUUGUUUUUUGUUUAUCUUCUCUUUUUUUUUUCUUCUCUUUUUUUCAAUUAACUACUUUUGCAAUGUAGAUGUCUUUCAGAAUAUAAUUUGUUGUUAGGGAGGUUUUUUUUUUUACAAUUAUACACGUAAGUUUUGUUGGUUAAAUAUUGCAUUUAUUUAUUGUAGUCACACGUACAUUUUAUGAUUAUUUAACCCAAGUCCAUUCAGGAUUGUCAUAAAAAUAGAUGUUACUGAGAAACACUCACUGCAUUUCGAAGUCUGAAAUAUUAGGAUCAUUUCAGUUGAAAUAUUUUGUUUUUGUUUACAUAAGUACAGUCUGUUUUGUGUCAAAAAGGAACUAAUGAAUUGGCUUUUAACUUUAUUAUGAAAAAUAUUAAAACGUGUAUAAAUAUAUUGUAUGUUUUAAACCCAUACCAACUUACAUUCAGUGUUCGAAAUAAGCACUUGUCUGUUUGUCCCGACAAGUGAAAAUCUAUUUGAACAAGCAAACUGUGCCUCAGUGGUUGUCCAGUGGACAAGUAAAACAUUUCAGUGCAAAUUUCAUUUUCAGCAAUUAAAAAUUUCAUCCUUGUACUUGAAUAAAACAAUCUAUUUAUUUGGACAAGUGAAAAUAUUGACGGACAAGUAGAUUUCUAAAUGUAUUUGUCAGGUGGACUAGUAAUAUGUUUUGCUUAUUUCUAUCACUGACAUUAAAAAACAUUUCAUGGUAAAUAAAGAAGUAUCCUAUCAACUUGCAUGUGUUAAAUCUCCUUUUUGAUACAGGGAAGAAAUCAACAGCCAAGGUAAAGCUAUUGCUCAUGCAGUUCUCUGUACUGCAUAUUGAUUACUAGUAACAAUUCAGGUUUCACUCUAUCGUGGCUGUUCCUGCAUUUUACCUUUACCCCUGUGUGUAAAGUGAUAUUUAAUCUAUACAAUCUGAUAGCAAUGAGCAUUUUAAUAUACUUUUUAUUGAAAACCGUAUCAGUCUGGAAGUAUGUAGUCCAUUGCAAUGAAAUUUGGUACACAUCAUCGGUUGGAUAGGUCAAUCACAUUUCUCUCAAAAGAUGGCUUGUAUUUACACGUCAUGUUGACAACAAUAUUCAUUGCUUUUGAUUUGUAACUUACAAAGAUUUUUUUUAAUUUAUAGCUGAUGACCACAUUAUAGUAUUCUUCAGAAUUUAGGCUCCAAUUUUUUUUUUUUUUUUAAUAUAAAAAUGUAUUGGAUGCAAUGGUGUUUUAUUUAUAUUGUGUGUUGUUGAAGAAUAUUUAUGGGAGUUUGAUCACCAAGUGACGUCUAUGGUAAAAUGAGAUAUACUUCGGAGACAAAUUUUCCCAGACAUUGUUUCUGUAAAAUAUGACAUAAAAUAAUGAUGCAAAUGUUUCAACAUAGUAUUUUGAAAAUGUUGAGGAGAAAAAUUACUAGUGGUACCAGAAACUCAGAAGAUUCUGUUGUAUGUAUUUGGACACAGAGUGACUCUUUUUGAUGCUAUAAACAGUGGAAUCUGUGGCCAAUGCUUUGAUCUGAUUGGACGAGAGGCAUGGCUAAGUGACUGGUUCAGUUCGCUGACUGAAGUUGGAGCGUUAAAAAGAUUGUUAGUAUGACACCAUACUAUUAAAUGAUACAUGCAUAUUAGUUCUCUUCCACACGUUGUUUAGCAAUGAAUCAGUUCCACCAGUAAUAAUAAAUAUUGUAAAACCAUUAUUCCAGGUAGCUGUUCAUUAGCAGUUCUGUUGAAUAUUUGUACAAGAUUGUAUGUACAUGUAUGUUGGUACAUAUUUCGUUUCCAGUCUAUUAUUCGUAGUAACCAUAAUUUCAAGUCAUUGCUAUACCUGGUAGUUAAGUCACUGAACUAUACUUUUUUUCUUUCUGUUUUUUUUUAUAAUUUUUAAAUAAGUGCAAAUUCAACAUAACACAGCCAGCACACAAUGAUAUAAACCUGUCAGUACUGUAUAGAUAUCUAGCCAUGGUUCUGUGGUUCAUUCAGGUGUGAUGUUACACACUAUAUUCGGUCUCACAUUGAAAGAAGAGUGCUGUUUUAAGAGUUUCCAGUAAUUUUGACCACUUCUCUUUUGAUUUGUACAGCCGACUGUCAUCUUUGUAAUUAACCGAUGUGGCACUUUACACAGAUCUUUUUGCAGUCGGGUCCUGUCGACUACCAUACACACAUCGUGCUAAAUAUUGCACACAAAGAUGAAUUCCAUAAAUACAACUGCAAUGAAGGCUGCCAUCUUUGUCAGUUAACAUAGAAGUGUUUCUUGGCUGGCUAUCUACAUGGCAGAGCCGGUUUAAGGAUCCACGGGGUCUGUAGCACAAAUAACAGCGGGAACCCCUUCUCAGGAUAUAUAUUUUUCAACCCCUUCGGGGAGAGGGGGAAAAUGUAAAUGAACACAUCACUGCGGGGCCCCCUGAAGCGCGAGGCCUGUAGCACAUGUUACAUGUGCUACUAGGAUAAAGCAUCUCUGCUAUAUGACAGUAAAUGUUUUUGGAAAAAGACCAAUGUAUGGCCACCACACCCCAUUUACCAGGUAAUGGUUUCCGUGCUGAGCAUGGGUUACACCUAGUAAAAUAUAAUUAUAUAAAGUGUUAAAAUAUUAGUUUCUGGUAUGUUGUACCUCGAUUUCAGUACAACAUUGUCUAGACUUCAGUGUCCCUUUAAUCAACUUAACCUAAUGUAUAUACAUUAACAUGUAAUACUGGGUAAUGCGUGUACAUAAUAUGCAUAUACAUAUACGAUGUAACAAACAUUUACAUCUAUCUUUGUAUGUGUAAUUUUAUAUGUAUGUGCCUUGAUAUGUAAAGCAACACCGGUAUUUUUACAAAUGUAUUAUGUUCUACGACACUGAAACUUUCUUUGAUGUUUUUGUUAAUUGGUUUAUUGCUGGGGUUUUGUUUUGGGGUUCUUUUUUUUACUUUAAUAUGUGUUGUGAUGUUAAAUAGUGGGCUUAUUCAGUGGUUUUUUGUAGGGUUUUUUUUAAUGAAAACUGCAAAACGGAGGCAUUAAUCUAUCAAUUUAUAGAUUUUUCUACAUGAGCAGCCAGUGGAUUCUUUCUGGUUGAUGCAGGUUUUUAAAACUAUACUCAUUAAUUAACUUGACCCAAUACUUAUAUGUUAACACAUACUGCUGGUUUAUACAUCUGUCUGCUUAUCUCUGUAUAUGUAUGUGUACAUGUGUAAACUAACAAGGGCAUUUUUACAAAUGUAAUACUCAUUAUGUCAUAUACACUGCAACUUGGUUUGACAUUUUUAACAUUUGGUGUAACUGCUGUGAUGCUGAUCAGCGAGAAAAUUUAGUUUUUAAUGAAGACUGAAAAAAGGAUACAUUAAUAAUCGGUUAAUUUAAGAUACUUUUCGACAAAUGAUGCCAUUUGAUUCUUUCUGGGUUCUAAAGAAUAGACUACCAUUUAAAGUAUUGUCCAUAUUACAUACUUUUAGAAUUAGAGCCAGGUUUGUUUUAGGAGUAGUUUGUAUUUUGUUUGUUUGAUUUUGUGGUGAUAUUUUGGUUGGGGAGGUCAUUUUAAUUUUCUCACCUGUAAUUCCUUUCAUUAUGUCUUUACCAGAUAUUGUGAAUGUUCCUUUAAAGUUUAUACGAUAGCUUUGAAAAAUAACUAUAUUCUAUGUUUGUGAGAAUAAUACAAGUGCUAUUUUAAACAGGUUUGUGUUAACUCUGCAGUUUGAAUAAGGCAGGCUAUUUAUGGUAAAGCAAGGAAACAUUAUUGUUAGUCCAGCUGGAUGGGAUUAGGUUUUGUCUCCAUUCUUCUAUCCGUCUGUCUGUCUGUCCCACAUAUAGAUUUGUGUAUAGCUUUACCAUGUACUGUUACAGAUCAAGCUCGACUGUUAUGGCUCUUGAACUUUGGAAAUACAAAAAUGUGUGGGGCUGUGUUGGGGGACAUAUAUUGUGUUAGCAGUACUCUCAGAAUGUUUGUUAUUACUAUUAUUAUUAUUAUUAUUAUUAUUAUUAUUAUUAUUAUUAUUAUUAUUAUUAUUAUUGUUGUUGUUGUAUCAGAAGAUGCCAGUAUAAUGUUUAUAAGUGGAAGGCCAAUGCACUCCCAGCCAUCCCAUUUCUGACACCAAUGGACAUCAUACCAUAUCUGAAACAUAUAAAGGUAAGUAUUGGUUAAGGCUUAGGUUAUUGUUCUGUGAUUAAAAACAUUGCUUACUACCUAUAAUAACCGAUGCUAACCAAACAUUUACAAAACAUAGUAGCGAUGCCACUUUUCUGGUGUACUCUUUGGUAAUCCUAUAAUUACGACAACUAUGGUACUAUUAUUAUUUCUUUUUAGUGAAGAAGUAAUAUCUUCGUCCUCCCAAGUUCUUCUGCAGGACAGUUGCCAUUGGUUUUAUAUACACUGCAUUGUAGUUUACACUGGAGUAUGGUAGGUGAGGGGGGAAUGUACGUUGACCCCUCCUUCCCCCUAGAAAAUCCUAUACACACAUACACGCACAAGAAAACAUGAUCAUAUGGUACCUAUCCAGUGAUGACAAAUAAAUUUAGAUUUUUUAAAACUAGCAUUUAUAGGUGUCUUCAAAGUUAAAAUAAACAAUGCAUUUAUUGUGUAACUUGUUACUCGAGCAUCUUAUUCAUGAAAAUAUAUAAUCUUGACACUGAUGUCUGUCCACAGUAUUGUGUACAUGAAUUAUUUUGAUAUUGUUCUUAAAUACGGUAUGUAUCUUUGAUAGGAAUGAACUAUUAUACCUAUUAAUCAGAAUGUUUUAAGUUAACACUAGCACAUAACUUUGCAAGUUAACAUGUGAUAUGUUUUUCUUUUUUUCAGUCUGUGAUGACAUUUUUUUGUUUGAACUUAUUUUGCAUGUUUAUAUGCUAGUAAUCAAUUUCACGUGUUAAUGGUUAUUUAAUAUGGGCAAGUUACUCAUGUAUAGUGUAAAUUGUUAGCUGUAAUUUGUAAAUAAAGACCUUUACUAAAA